UAUGACGUCACGCAGGGGUCCUUAAUGAACGGUUGUCUCCACGUGAGAAAAUCAACAGCAUGAUGGUCGGCAUGUAAAUGCAGCUCUCAGCUUGUUGGGUUUAUUUUUAUCAGGAACAAACACCGAAACAGUUUCUUUUCACAUAAGUAAUUGAAAACGCAGAGAAAUGGCAACAGUCCGAAAGAAGGUAGACAACCGUAUUAGAGUCCAGAUAGAGAAUGGAGUAGCCCUGCAGCAUCGCACCAUGUUUGUGGUGGUGGGAGAUCUUGGGAGAGAUCAGGUUGUCAUCCUACAUCACAUGCUCUCCAAAGCUGCUGUGAGGGCACGGCCCUCUGUACUGUGGUGCUACAAAAAGGAGCUUGGAUUCAGCAGCAACCGGAGGAAACGCAUGAAGCAUCUGCAGAAGAAAGUUAAAACGGGCACGCUGAAUCUCAAUCAGGAUGACCCGUUUGAACUCUUCAUCGCCGCAACAAGCAUUCGCUACUGUUACUACAAGGAGACCCACAAGAUCCUGGGAAACACAUACGGCAUGUGUGUCCUACAGGACUUUGAAGCUGUCACUCCAAACCUCUUGGCGAGAACCAUUGAGACUGUAGAAGGAGGCGGGAUCGUGGUCAUACUGCUGAGAUCAAUGAACUCUCUUAAGCAGCUGUAUACAAUGACUAUGGAUGUCCACUCUCGGUACAGGACUGAGGCCCAUCAGGAUGUGGUGGGACGUUUCAAUGAGAGAUUCAUUCUAUCUCUCGCAUCCUGUAAAAACUGCGUUGUCAUUGAUGACCAGCUGAACAUCCUGCCAAUCUCCAGUCACAUGGUGAACAUCAAACCAGUCCCUCCAAAGACUCAGGAUGAUAGUGUGUCACCACGUGAACAGGAGCUGAAGGAUCUGAAGGAGUCCCUCCAGGACACUCAGCCUGUGGGUGUGUUGGUUGAUGGCUGCAGGACUAUGGACCAGGCAAAGGCAGUUCUGAAGUUCAUUGAAGCGAUCUCAGAGAAGACCCUGAGGAGCACUGUGGCUCUGACAGCUGCCCGUGGUCGUGGAAAGUCAGCAGCACUGGGGCUCGCAGUUGCUGGAGCUGUGGCUUUCGGCUACUCCAACAUCUUUGUAACCUCACCGAGUCCAGACAACCUGCACACCAUGUUUGAGUUUGUCUUCAAAGGGUUUGAUGCUCUUCAGUAUCAGGAACAUCUCGACUAUGAAAUCAUCCAGUCUUUAAAUCCAGAGUUCAACAAAGCCGUGGUGCGGGUCAACAUCUUUAAAGAGCAUCGGCAGACAAUUCAGUACAUCCACCCAGGCGAUGCAGUGAAGCUCGGUCAGGCUGAACUGCUCGUCAUUGAUGAGGCUGCAGCCAUCCCACUUCCUCUAGUUAAGAACUUGCUGGGGCCUUAUCUGGUGUUUAUGGCCUCCACUAUCAACGGUUAUGAAGGAACAGGGCGCUCCCUCUCCCUCAAACUGAUUCAGCAGCUGAGGCAGCAGAGUGCAGACAGUCAACUGAGCAUGUCCGCGGAGAACAGAGUCUCCAACACAGCAAGGCUUGCGGCAGCCCGGACGCUUCAUGAGGUUUCUCUUCAUGAGUCCAUUCGUUAUGCUCCAGGAGAUGCUGUGGAGAAGUGGCUGAAUGAGCUGCUCUGUCUGGACUGUCUCAACAUUCCCAGGCUCAUUUCAGGCUGUCCACUUCCACAGAACUGCGAUCUAUACUAUGUGAACAGAGACACGUUGUUCUGUUACCAUAAGGCAUCUGAGGCUUUCCUGCAGCGGUUGAUGGCUCUCUAUGUGGCGUCGCACUACAAGAAUUCCCCCAACGACCUGCAGAUGCUGUCAGAUGCUCCGGCUCAUCACCUCUUCUGCCUGCUGCCGCCUGUUCCUCCAACACAGAACUCAUUACCCGAGGUCCUUGCUGUGGUUCAGGUGUGCUUGGAGGGAGAAAUAUCACGACAAUCAAUCCUCAAUAGUCUGUCCCGAGGGCAGAAGGCCUCUGGUGAUCUCAUUCCAUGGACUGUGUCUGAACAGUUCCAAGAUUCAGAGUUUGGAAGCCUCUCUGGAGGCAGAGUGGUGAGAAUAGCUGUCAAUCCAGAGUAUCAAGGGAUGGGUUACGGCUCCAGAGCUCUCCAGCUGCUACAGAUGUAUUAUGAGGGCAAAUUUCCCACAAUGGAUGAGAACACACAGUCAAAGCACAAUGAGAUAACCUCUAUCAGCAGUGAGGCUGUCAAUCUUCUGGAGGAAGUUAUCACACCACGGAAGGAGCUCCCGCCGCUGCUGCUGAAGCUCAGUGAAAGGAGGGCAGAGCGACUGGACUAUUUGGGAGUCUCCUACGGCCUCACAGCGCAGCUUCUCAAGUUCUGGAAGAAAGCAGGUUACACCCCAGUCUACUUAAGACAAACCCCUAAUAACCUGACAGGAGAGCACUCCUGUGUGAUGCUGAAGGCGCUGCACACAGAGGAUGCUCCAGAGCAGAGCCAGUGGCUGACGGCCUUCUGGAAAGAUUUCCGACGACGCUUCCUGGCUCUCCUCUCCUACCAGUUCAGCAGCUUCUCUCCGAGCUUGGCACUGAGUAUCCUGCAGAAGAAGAACUCCAAGGAGGAGACGAGCAUUCUCACCAGUUCUGAGUUGACAAUACACUUCAGCCCUUACGACCUCAAACGUCUGGAGUUGUAUUCAAGGAGCAUGGUGGACUAUCACCUCAUCAUGGACCUGAUUCCAGCUGUAGCUCGGAUGUUUUUCCUCAAGCAACUUGGUGACGUUUCCCUCACAGCAGCACAGUGUGCGUUACUGCUGGGGAUAGGACUGCAGCACAAGUCAGUGGAACAGCUGGAAAAGGAAAUUGAUCUUCCCAGGUCGCAGCUCAUGGGUCUCUUUAACCGUCUCAGUCGUAAAUUUGUUCAAGUAUUCACCAGAAUCCAAGAAAAAACAAUUGAGGAGCAAAUGACAGAGUCUAAAGAUAUCGACAUGGAGCCAACUGUCACAAGUCUUAAAGAUGAUCUGAAAGAUGCAGCAAAAGAGUUUGAGGAAAGACACCAGAACGAUCUAGAGAAAGUCAAGGAGAUGGAUCUUGAACAGUACAGGAUCCGUGGAGAUGAUGAGGAGUGGGACCAGGUAUUAAAGAAAGCAGGGAGCACAGCCAUCAUCAGCAUAAAGAGUGACAAGAAGAGGAAGCUGGAUGGAGAGAAUGCCACUUCAAGCAAUGGAGUUCCUCAGUACGGCAAACUUAAAAAGAAGGAAAUGCAACACGGCAAAUUCAAAAAGACCAAAGGCAAACAUGGGAAGUUUGGAAAGAAGGCGUGAUGGUGAAGAGUGCUGCUGCUCCAGAUAUCUCAGAUGGACUUAUGCUGGAGAACACUGAAAGACUGGAUAUUAUUUUUUUUAAAUUCAACUCUCUCUAAACACACUCUUAACACAUGUGGUUAUGAUUUGUUGUACAAGCACAACAUAACACGUUAUUCUUGCACCUAAUAUUUACUUACGUAUUCCAGCUUCAGUAUUUUUGGUUUCCAUGUCUAAAACAGUUUUUUAAUUAACUACAACCUGAUGUUUGGCUUUAAAUUUAAGAUGCCGCUGGAAAUAGCCGAGGUUUUAAAUCAGUCCACUUCUGUUUGAGUUGCUGUUUUAUAGUCUCGGGUGCAAAGGUACAGUCUAUAGCCUGCUCAGAGAGAUUCCAUAGAUCUUCAUGACUGAGACCAAAUGUGGAUGAUACUAGUUGAUAUUCCUGAGACAGGUCUGUACAGAAGACCCCCUUAUCAUCAGUCUGUAAUGUGACAAAGAAUAAAUAAAAUAUGUGCUCAGUCAGA